GCACGUCAGAGCGGAAUGUAAGUAAUGUUCCCUUUUCAUUGGGAGAGAGAAAGCUGCAUUAUUCUGGGAUCUGCAGCUCCAGCCUCACGGAUAUAAGGCGUGAGCACCACAUCUGACGCCACCACACUCAUCCCCGGUGCUGCCAGACUUCCCCCAUCCUUCACCUGGCACAACAGACAUUGGACUCUGGGCCUGGAAUGGACCCCUCACACAGGGAGAGUGCGCAGUUGUGUUCAGGCUCCUCACAUGGCCGACCGUCUUCUGUGUGUCAGUGCCCAGGGCUCCCUGCGAGGAAGGGGUGCUGCGAGGGGCUCAAGAUAUCCCUGGCCGCCAUGUGCUUCGUCUACUUCGCUAAGGCCUUGUCCGGUAGUUACCUGAAGAGUACCAUCACCCAGAUCGAGAGACGCUUCGAGAUCCCCUCCUCCCUGGUCGGCAUUAUUGACGGGAGCUUUGAGAUGGGAAACCUUCUUGUCAUUAUGCUGGUGAGCUUCUUUGGAGCAAAACUUCACCGGCCGAGGCUGAUCGGGGCCGGCUGUCUGCUCAUGUCACUGGGAACAUUCUUAAUUGCGCUGCCACACUUUAUUAUGGGUCGAUAUAUAUACGAAGGGACUCCAACUCAUCCCUCCAAUUCUACCAUCACCGUCCCUCCAUGUCUGCGAGAUUAUAAGGACCAAAAAUUGUAUUCAGCAAUUUACAAAUCUCGCACGAAUACUGACCGUGGGUGUGACAAGGAUAUUGUGAGCGCCAUGUGGCUGUGCGUAUUAUUGGGGAAUCUGUUACGUGGAGUGGGGGAAGCACCGAUCCAACCCCUGGGGAUCUCGUAUAUCGAUGACUAUGCAGGGGAGGACAACGCGGCCUUCUACAUUGGCUGCAUCCAGACGGCGGCCGUGAUCGGGCCCAUAUUCGGGUUCCUCCUGGGAUCCCUCUGCGCGUCUUUAUUCGUAGACGUUGGGUUUGCGAAUUUAGACAGGAUGCCGAUCACUCCUCAGGACUCCCGCUGGGUUGGCGCCUGGUGGCUUGGAUACUUAGUAGCCGGUGCCAUUAGUGUACUUGCCACUAUACCGUUUUGGUUUUUACCUAAGGAGCAACCGCGGCUGGACCUUCGGAAGAAUUCUAGUACGCCCUCCGAACAGUCCAAAUUCAUUCUGGAAGAUCUGAAAGCCUCCAAAACUGAGGGGACACUACUGAGCAUGAGCAAAGAUUUCUUGCCCUCCCUGAAGGAUCUUCUGGGUAAUCCAGUGUUCCUCCUCUACCUGUGCGGCAGCAUCUUUCAGUACAAUUCUCUGGUUGGGAUGGUGACCUACAAACCGAAAUACAUCGAGCAGCAGUAUGGACAGACCUCCACCCGGACAAACUUCAUCAUCGGUCUAAUUAAUAUUCCGGCCGUGGCUCUUGGGAUCUUCUCCGGAGGGCUCGUCAUGAAGAAAUUCCACAUUAAUAUUCUGGGAGCAGCAAAACUGUUACUGAUAUCCUCCGUGAUCGGAUACAUGAUAUUAAUGUCGCUGUUUGCGCUGGGCUGUGAACUCUCCCCGGUGGCCGGCCUGACUGUCUCCUAUGAGGGAUCCACAGAGAUCUCCUCCCAGGAAAGCGCCAUCUCACAAUGUAAUUUUCAGUGUCUGUGUCCAAAGAACCAAUGGGAACCAGUCUGUGGAGACAACGGGGUCACCUAUUACUCUGCCUGCUACGCCGGCUGCCGAUUGUCCAACAGGACUGGCAACACUGCAGUGUAUUAUAACUGCAGUUGUGUGAUGCAGCCAUCAUCGGGUUCCCGAGGUGGCUCCGCCAUGGCUGGUUCAUGUUCCAAAGGAAGACAUUGCUCUAGAAUGUUCCUGUACUUUAUGGCGAUAUCUGUGGUUACAUCCUUCACGCUGUCUCUCGGAGGGACUCCUGGAUACAUCCUGCUACUGAGAUGUAUUAAACCUGAGCUGAAGUCUCUGGCUCUGGGGAUCUACACAAUGGCCAUCAGGGUUCUUGCAGGGGUGCCAGCCCCCAUGUACCUCGGGGCCCUAAUUGACAGCACCUGCCUGAAGUGGGGGAGCCGGAGCUGCAAUACGAGAGGUUUCUGCCGCCUCUACAACACCGAUCGCUUCCGGUUCAUCUAUUUGGGGGUGACAGUGUCGCUGGGUGCGGGCUUCAUCUUCUUCUGUUCCGCCAUACUCUUAAUGCUGCGGAAGCGAUGCCUGUCAGAGGAAAGCCACGCCCCUUGCGUAGGGUGUAAGGAUUCACCCACGCCCUCUAACCUUGGCGGUAAUGGUCAUCUACUCCAGAGCACAUACUGGGCACAGAAGGAGACUCGCCUGUAAUCCAGACAUGACAAAACCAAAACUC